AUGUCAGUCGAAGCAAAAACAUUCACGAACAAAUCUAAUGGCGAAACAUUCACAAAAGGCACUUAUAAUGGUAUUGAAGUCUUACGUAGAGACAAGGAUGGUUACAUUAAUGCAACAAAUAUGUGUCAGCAGUUUAGGAAAGACUUUAGAAAGUUGUUGGAAAAUAAGUCCUGGGAAGAGUAUUAUAAGGCAUUUUGUGAAGAAUAUAGCAACCGCCGGAAUUCAGACGGUUGGUUUUUAUACAAAAUUCAUGCAGGAAUUCCUGAUGAAAUCAAACAGGUUAGAGGAACGUAUGUAGACCCAAGACUUAUAAACUAUAUAGCAAUGUGGGCUUCUCCAAAAUAUUGCAUAGCAGUUGGAAAA